AUGAAAUUCAGCCUCACUCUCCUGGCUGCUGCUGCCAGUGCCGCUGCUGUCUACCCUCGUGAUGAUCAUAUUGUCACCUCCCUCGCCAGUUUCAAGCGCAGCGGCUGCCAGGCGGAUGAUCGAGAGGGCUCUCCCGUUAUCUACAACGUCACUGUGUGUCAGAAUCUUCCCACGGAUAUCGUCUCUUGCCUGGUCGAUAUCACGCCUCCUGAAGGCUGCGCGAUGAGGUUCUUCUGCAAGCCUGACUGCCAGGGUCCGCAAUACAUUGAUGUCCCCCAGGCGGUUGCCUUCCACAACUGCUUCGAGUGCGGGCCCGGGAAGGGCGUGGCGUCGGUUGUGCUGACCUCGGCGCUUGGUACGUGUAACUGGUUCUGA